UAUGAAUUUAUGAGUGGUUACAUGUCUCCAGGCCCAUCCCUCAGGUAUUACCAAAACAGAGGCUGGUGGCCACUUUGUUAUUUUUUCAACUAAUGAUUGCCCAUUUAAAGUACACAUUUUUUCUCAUAUGCAUGAUAAUGUCCCAUAGGGGUCAAAACAAUAUUAUUAAGUUAUGGGAGCAUUCCAGCAUUCAGAUAUUAGUCUCCUUUUUCUGUACGAUGCAUAAAUGCAUCAGAACACAGAUUUUGGUCUGCUUUAAUGCAGUUCUGUCAUUUCUCUUUACCAUUCUCAUUUGCUGAUAAGAAAUUAUAGCUACUUGUGACUGUGAACUAAAAGCUUGCAGCGGUAGGCUACAUCUGAUAAAUUGACUCUCCACUAGGUAUCAAAUUCUAUAAUCUAGAUAUUGCCGUUGCACUGUUAUCACAAUGAGUUAAACCACUGUCUAGUUUCCAUUAACAAUCUUUGAGAAAUGUGAAACAGAUUGAUUUGAUUGCACUGAAGAGUAUGAUAAAACAUAUUUUAUAUGAAUUUCAGGAAUAUUAUAAUAAACUAUAGCUUAGUUCAUUAUAUUCAUGAUGCUUAAAUAUGACUUGUACACCAACAUAUCACCUUUUUUAAAUUACAAGUGUGUAAUGUGAAAUAGAAAAUCUUAGAGAUAUGUUCAUAAAAAAAUAUUACGAUGGGUUAAUUUGAGCAAUUAGAUAGUAAUCAACUCUGUCACAGAGAGGCAUUGAAGAAGGCGUGGAGAAGUGAACAGCUUUCAUGAUGACAGGACCUGACUUCCUCUCAUCGUGUUUUUAUAGCAUUAUGAUGCUUGACUUCACUCAUUCAUUCUCUCUGAGAGAUGCCCUAUCCACAAGACCCAUGCACAAGCCCUACACUCAUGCUAAAAUGAAGCUUCUACUUGCACUUUGUGCAGUUUGGAACAUCAUGCAACUAUCAGUGUGCUGCUCUUCUGGAGAAAUGACAGAUCGACUCACCUGUGUAUCUGAUUAUUGGUUUACAAUUACCUGUACUUUGAACAUCACUGAUGAGCCUGCAGGUGUCAACAAUACCCACUACUGGUUGAAUUUUACCUGGUCUGAAGGAGUUGGGAUUACAUUCAAAUGUCCACUGGUGAAGAUGGGGGACAGUUAUGGUUGCACAUUUGUGGCCGAUUUUGAUAAGAAUGUAACGUACCACGGCUCUUCAUUUAAUGAAAUGGACUGUUUCAAUGUACAGCUUUGUUAUAACAUUGACUGCCAAUCAAACUUGACAGGCUUUGAACCAUUCAAAAAUAUUCAACCAACAGCUCCAAGUCAUCUCGCUGUCCAGUGGACUUCAGAGGGUUACAAAUGCACUUGGCAAAGUGGAUAUGAACACCAUCCAUAUAUAACAGAGUUCUCUUACCAACUCUUCUUCUACAAAUACCAUGGCGAUAAGAGCGAGGGGUUUUGUGUGUCCCCUCAAAACAAAUCUAUUUUAAUUGAUGGAUCUAGACUUGAGCCAGAUACCACAUAUGUUCUGAAAGUGAGAUCCGGGCUAUAUAAGUCCUCUGGAUAUAAAGGACAGUGGAGUCCGUGGAGUGCAUUGGUGCAAUUGAGGACUGAUGCAAAGGAAGCAGAACCAACUAUAGUCCUUGUCCUCAGCAAGUUUGUAUUUCCAGUUUGUGUGAUUGCUGGAGUUCUGUUGUUUGUAUUUUACAACCCCACGACAAGAAUGAAGAUAAAAGCUUUCUAUGAUGUGCCAAGCCCAGCCCCUUUUUUCAAACCUCUCUACAAAGAUAACAAACAUUUCCAGGACUGGCUUGAGUCGGAGUGCAAUCUGAUACAAACAUACAAAACAGAAGAGCUCCUGACCAUAGAUACUUUGAUUAUUGAGGCCAAACAUAUAGCAGAGGACCAGGACUUUUCAGCUACAACACCAUAUCCCCUAGCACAAGUUCACACUCCUUAUGUUGGUCCCUCAGUGAUGGACUGGGUCUGCAGUAACAGUCCAAAUGGAAAUGGUCCAGGGGACAUUCCUUACACCCAGCUGCCCUGCUCUCCCCUAGAACUCCAGUUUGGAGGGAUGGUCACCUCUUUCUCUCAGGACCCUUCGGUCGCCUGUGAGGGGGACUCUGGAUGCGAGGACUUAACACUCAGCCCUGAGAGCAGCUUGCCUAAUAGUCCUGUAUCUAGUGAGCCAGAAUGCAUCUGUACUGAUUACUGUAUCCUACACGAAACCUCUAAAGGUUUUAUCCCCACUGGUGUGUCCAAAGAGGUCUCAUCCCUUGAAUAGUUAUUGCAUAGAGGGACCAGGUAAGGAGGAAACCUGUGCCACUGAGUGAAGUUACCAAAUGUUACAUCAUAUGCCAAUAGGACACAGACGGCCUACUUCUUGGGUUUUGAUAGUGUACUGAGCAAGGGGUGUCAUAGUCUUUACAAUUUCCUAAAUUACAUAAUCUUGACUUAUGAUCAUUUGCAGUUUCUUUUUUGUAAUUCUGAAGUAGAAUUGUGUAUACUAUACUGUAAUGAAAUGUGUUUUGUCAGUUUUAAAUAUUGUACAUUUUUUUAUUACUGUAUCAAUUGUGUGAUAGCUUAAAUAGCUACUUUGGACCAGUUCAUUUCAUAAUUUGUCUGCACUGAUGGCACUGGAGCCAUUGAUCCUUCAGUAUGUGAGUUAACCACCAGAGGAUGCUGCGACUCAACACUUAGAGGAGAAAUUGGCGAGGUGCAGUUUCUUGGAUGACAAUUUGAGCUCUAUGUAAUAUUUUGAAAAUAGUUUGAUAAUCCUGUAAUUACUAUGUCCUUUAAUUUGUCUUGUAUUACAUACUUGUUUGCUAUUGUAAAUACAAUAAUACAUUGGUUUGGUUUAUAUGUAUCGUUUUCUAUUUCGCAAAAAAAGUAGAUGAGUAGCUAUAGUUAUCAGUAAAGACAAUUGCAACAAUAUAUAUGUAAUAGCCAACCAAUGGUCUUCAACUUGCUUCAUCUUUCAUUCUUGGUGCAAUUUCAAAACAUGUGCGCGUGCUACAAAUGAACGAGAGUAAAAUGCUUUGUUGUGAUAUGACGUCAUUUUUCGGGAAAUGAACCCAGUAUGUAGCUAGCUUGCUUUAGGACUUCCAUCCAUGUCAGCAAGCAACCACUGGCCAGAUAGUAUGAUGCCGUUCCUAUUCUGUCCAGCAUCAUCCUGUGUUCCUCCCCUCCUCCUUCUAUGGUAAGAAUCACCUGGACUCCAGUUUGUUCCUCCAUCUAAGAAUGGAGGGCCCUCAAGCCUCCCCAAAGCUUGUAAAGCAGCCAGAGGACUUCAAAUUUGGUCGAAUUCUAGGAGAAGGCUCCUAUUCAACAGUUGUGCUGGCAAGAGAACAGGCCACAGGGAAGGAAUAUGCUAUGAAGAUUCUGGAGAAGAUGCACAUACGGAAGGAGAACAAGGCACAUUGCGUGACGCGAGAGAGGGAUAUCAUGUCAAGCUUAGACCAUCCAUUUAUCGUCAAGCUCUACUUCACAUUUCAAGAUGUGAAAAGGUUGUAUUUUGGCAUAAACUAUGCAAGAAAUGGGGAAUUACUGAAAUACAUUCGCAAAAUAGGCUCCUUCGAUGAGACGUGCACUAGAUUCUACUCUGCUGAAAUAGUAUGUGCAUUACAGUAUUUGCAUUCUAAAGGCAUAAUUCACAGGGACCUCAAACCAGAGAAUAUUUUACUGAAUGAGGACAUGCACAUUCAAAUAACAGACUUUGGAACUGCAAAACAACUCUCAUCAGAUGGUACACAAAACAGAGCAAACUCCUUUGUUGGAACAGCUGAGUACGUUUCUCCAGAACUACUGACUCAGAAAUCUGCCUGCAAAAGCUCUGACCUUUGGGGUUUAGGCUGUAUCAUCUACCAGUUGGUAGCAGGAUUACCUCCAUUUAGAGCUGGGAAUGACUACCUGAAAUUCCAGAAGAUUAUUAAACUGGAGUAUGAAUUUCCUGAUAAAUUCUUUCCUAAUGCGAAGGAUCUAGUGGAACAUCUUCUAUGCUUGGAUCCCUCCAACCGAUUAGGUUGUGAGGAGAUGGGUGGGUACAACCCUCUCAGAGCCCAUUUUUUCUUUAAGGCUGUCACAUGGGAGAACCUUCACCUACAGACACCCCCCAAACUCACCCCCUACCUGCCAGCUAUGGCUGAGGAUGAUGAGGACUAUUAUGGAAACUAUGAUGACCUCCUAAGCCAGUUCAGCAACAUGCAGGUUGUCCAUUCCCGCUCCUUUCAACCACUGUUUGUGACCAACCCCAGUCCCAUCCCCAACCCUGCACCAAGGCCCAACUGCAACAUCGAGCAGUACAUUCAUGACCUGGACAACAACUCGUUUGAGCUGGAUCUGCAGUUUUCCACUGAGGUGAAGCGGCUACUGCUUGAGAAGCAGACAAGCAGAAACCCCUGGAAUCAGUUUGUGGAGAAUAAUUUGAUCCUCAAGAUGGGACCAGUGGACAAAAGGAAGGGACUGUUUGCACGUCGGCGCCAGCUAUUGUUGACUGAGGGACCACACCUUUACUAUGUGGACCCAGUUAACAAGGUUUUGAAAGGAGAGAUCCCCUGGUCCCCCGCACUGCGCCCAGAGGCCAAGAACUUCAAGACCUUCUUUGUCCAUACACCUAACAGAACAUACUAUCUGAUGGACCCGUGUGGGAAUGCUGACAAAUGGUGCAACAAAAUUCAAGAAGUGUGGCAAAAAAUCUAUAACAAGCAUUUUAACUCGUGCAUGUAGGUUGGGUACACUAUCUUUUGAAGACAGGUCUUACCCUGUAAUGACAGGAGACAGAGAAUGAAGGCGUUAAUUCAUAAAUGAUGGAAAACACCUAGCUGUAAUGUAGCUUACAAGUCGUAUUCCUAUUACUCCACACAUUUAAUUUAUUGUAGGGCAGCAGGUUCAGGACAUGUUUCAUUGCAAUGCAGAAUUUGAUACAUUCAGCUGGAUCUAAAGCCAUUCUGGUAUAGAAAGGACCUAUUAUUUAAGAAAGUAGAAUGGCUAUUGCAACUAUUCUAACUGAUGAUUUCUUAGGCUUGGAUGGACUCAUGUCUGACAUGGUGGCCUUGGUACUCCUAUGUCUUCUAUA